AUGGUGAAAAGCCUGAUCCCAUCCAUCAUUGCCGUGCUGUCAGUUCUCUGGGGCCAAGCCGGUGGCAGGAGCUGUGAUGCGAAACCGAAGUGUUGGAAGGACGUGCUGGGGCUCCAGUGGACAGUCCAAGGCUUCGACUACCAUGCCCAGUACACCUUUACCAACCCAGCACAUCAGAACUCUUGGGGCUACGUGAAUUUCAACGUCUCGAACAACGUUGUCCCCUACACUGCCGUGUGCGGAGCUUCCAGCAGCCAGCUCACCGACUUCUUCUAUGGAACCAUGGACUAUACCUGCACCCUCCCUGCCACUGCCCCGAUCGGCUCCACCGUCAAGCGAACAUUUGUCGCAUCUGGAUCGACCAGUUUUACACUCAGCUGCACCGACACAACAAACGUGACCGAGAACUGGACGCCAGGGCAGAUCUACAGCAGCCGUGAAGUCAAAUGCACCCCUAUUGAUAUUACCGUUUUGCUACGCCAAGUUGUCGGCUAG